AUGUAAAACAAUAGUAAAUAAGUAAGAGAAUCCUGGAAAAUGUCAUUAAUAAAUAAAUUCAGAUUAUGUGAUGUGAUUGAAAAUAAUAUCAUUUUUUAACCACCAAAACUAACAUCUCAGAUUAAAAAUAGUUUAAAUUUGAAUGGUUUAGAAUUCAGUUUAUAACAGAAUGAUAAUUGGAUUGAAUUAAACUAAUUUUGUAACAUUCAAUACAGAGUUUCUAUUCUAAAAGAAGUAGAUAAUAAUAUAAUUGUAUCAUAUGUUCCAAUAAUACAUUAUUCAUGUAAUUCAGAUAGAGUAAUCAUUCUUUCACAUAGUAAUGCUAUGGAUUUAGCAUUAACAUCUAAAUGGGGUGCUAAAAUUUGUGAAUUAUAUUAAGUUGAUGUGAUUUGUUACGAUUAUUCAGGAUAUGGAAUUACUAAAAAAACUAUGAAACCAUCAGAGUAUUUUUCUUUUUUAAUAGAUUUACCAUUUCUAGAGAUCUCUCUAAUGUUGUUGCUUUAGUUUAACAUCAAUAUGAUUAUAUAUUUUUAUAGGGAUUCUCAAUUGGUUCUUAACCUACUGUUCAAGUUGCAACAUAAUUCUAACUUUCUGGAAUCAUUCUAUAAGCUCCAUUAGCAUCAUUAGGUAGAAUUAUAGAUAAUCGAAAUUCAUUCUACUCAGAAUAUGAUAAGUUUUCUAAUCAAUCUAUCAUCAAUAAAAUAACUGCUCCACUCUUGAUAUUUCAUGGAACUAAAGAUACCAUUAUUAAAAUUAAUCAUUCUGAAUAGUUAUCUAAAUCAUCUCAAAAUUUAUUUGCUUUCAUUAAAGUAGAAGGAGCAAAUCAUAAUGAUACACAUCAUUCUAACUUAAUUAUAUAUAAUAAUCUAAAUCUAAAUCUAAAAUUAUCUCAUUUGUAUUGGAUUAGCUGCUGA